AUGUAUAACGAGGACUCGGACGUCGUGGUUCACCGGGGGCGGCUGUCCAUGUACACCUCCAGCGACCCCUUGUCUUGCCACAACCAAGACAGUGCAACGGAUCAGGUGUUGGGUGAGGUGAGGAGGCUAGUGGACAUGUACGAGGACGAGGAACUCAGCAUCACCAUGACGGGACACAGCCUUGGCCCGUCGCUUGCCACCCUGAACGCGUUCGACAUCGCCGCGAACGGCUACAACGUGGCGCCGCGCGCCGCGGGGACCGUCUGCCAUGUCACCGCGUUCGCAUUCGCCAGCCCGCGCGUCGGCGGCUCCGGCUUCAAGAAGCGGUUCGACGGCACGCCCGGUCUGCGGCUCCUCGGCGUCCGCAACGCGCGCGACAUCGUGCCCAAGUACCCGGCCGUGUUCUACCACGACGUCGGCGCCGAGCUGGCGAUCGACACGAGGGAGUCGCCGUACCUGAGGAGCCCCGGAAACGAGCAGAUCUGGCACAACCUGGAGAACUACCUGCACGGCGUGGCGGGCACGCAGGGCCCGGGGGGAGUGUUCCAGCUCGCGGUGGAGCGGGACGUGGCGCUGGUGAACAAGGCGUACGACGCGCUGCGGGACGAGCACGGGGUGCCGGCCGGGUGGUGGAUCCCGUGGAACAGAGGCACGAUCAAGGGCGCCGACGGGCGCUGGAGUUUGAUGGAUUGCGAGGAGGAAGAGAAUGCCGAGUAG